GUCGUCGUCUUUGAGUCAUAGGUGUGAGCCACGCCCAAGCUGUGGGAAUAAAAUGGCGGGGAAGAAGAACGUUCUGUCGUCUCUGGCGGUUUACGCGGAGGAUUCAGAACCCGAGUCUGAUGGCGAAGCUGGAAUCGAAGCUGUGGGCGGCGCGGCUGAAGAGAAAGGUGGAUUGGUGUCUGAUGCCUAUGGAGAUGAUGACUUUUCUCGCCCAGGGGGUGAUGAAGAUGGUUAUGAAGAAGAGGAAGACGAGAACAGCAAACAGUCGGAAGAUGACGAUUCAGAGACUGAAAAACCUGAGGCUGAUGACCCAAAGGAUAACACAGAAGUAGAGAAGCGAGAUCCCCAAGAACUAGUUGCCUCCUUUUCCGAAAGGGUCCGGAACAUGUCGCCUGAUGAAAUCAAGAUCCCACCAGAACCCCCUGGCAGGUGUUCUAAUCAUUUACAAGACAAGAUCCAGAAGCUUUAUGAGCGAAAGAUAAAGGAGGGAAUGGAUAUGAAUUACAUCAUCCAAAGGAAGAAAGAAUUUCGGAACCCUAGCAUCUAUGAGAAACUGAUCCAGUUCUGUGCCAUUGAUGAGCUGGGCACCAACUACCCAAAGGAUAUGUUUGACCCCCAUGGCUGGUCUGAGGAUUCCUACUAUGAGGCAUUAGCCAAGGCCCAGAAGAUUGAAAUGGACAAAUUGGAAAAAGCCAAAAAGGAGCGAACCAAAGCUUAUUGCAGGGACGUGUCUGCAGCGCCUGGGGACCGGAGCUGUCCUUCCCCUGUGCGGGCGGGCACCGCCUCCUGGAUUGAGUUUGUGACGGGCACCAAGAAAGGCACCACCACCAAUGCCACAGCUACCACCACAACCACUGCCAGCACAGCCGUCGCAGAUGCCCAAAAGAGAAAGAGCAAGUGGGACUCCGCCAUCCCAGUGACGACAAUAGCGCAGCCCACCAUUCUCACCACCACUGCCACCCUGCCAGCGGUAGUCACUGUCACCACCAGCGCCAGCGGCUCCAAGACCACAGUCAUCUCUGCUGUGGGCACCAUCGUGAAGAAAGCCAAGCAGUGACAGAGCCAUGCCAGGGCUUGACUGUGCAGCCUAGUGGCUGCUGUAUAUUUCAGGACUUGGACCUGCUCCCAAGGUGCCAUCUGAGAGGAGCCUCUGUGUGGCAUUCCAACCAGAAGGACAUUGUAGCAGAGGCAAAGGAUACAGCAGAUAGGGUCUGUCUGUCCACACACCACUUUGGGGUCUCACCCAAUUAAAAGUGUCGUGUUCUUCUGUCCCAGCAUCUGGGGUACACUGGCCUCUCCCACGGUUUGUUUGCAGGCAAAUGUGAAGCUCAAAUGCUCCCUCCAUCUUCUUAUUCAUGAUUAUUGAUUGCCUAAGGAUUGAUAGUGGGGUGAUGGAAGCCUGUGGCACUGCUCAGAGGGGUGCCCCAGUAAGUCACUGAUUGUUCCCACUGUCUGCCUCUUGGCAUGCUCAGGUGUGGCCCCAGGGAGGAGAGUGAGGCCUCUGGUUCUUAAGCAAGAGCAGACCUCAGCUGUCUUGGUGCAAUUGAGCACUCUACAGGCCGCUUCUUGGACAUGCCCAGGCUUUCAGAAUUAGGCUAGGUACCAGAAAGGCUGGGGUGAGAUCCCCAAUGUGCACCAGAGGGGGUUGGUAUGGGCACCUGGCCAAGGCCACCUAGUCCCUUAGUGCCCAGCAGGCGCAGCCAGUGAGAUCUGCAGUCGGGGAGAUGAAUCACCUCCUGCUCUGGCCGGCAGCAGUUCAUUGUUUAUGUGAAAGCACUGCUCCUGGGAGAGCUGCUGCCACCCCACCCUUCCUCUGUUGUUAUCUCUGCCCAGCAGCAGUCCCUGGGCAACACCAAUGGCUGACCAGCUUCUCUUGGGCCAAAAUGGGUUUCCCAACCACCACCAGCCUGAGAGUAGAGGGGGCAGUUUGCCUUUGAGGUCUCUGGCAGCUCUGGUCCAGCGGAAGCGCUGAGUGUCAAAGAAGGAAGCCGGGCUGUGAAAAGCUGUAGAUUCCAUGGGCCCGGCACAGACUGAGAAAGGUGGUCUUGAAAUUGAUGCCUGGUACUGUUAUGUGAUCUGAGGAAUAUGACAAACUAUCCCUAAUGUCGCCAAAAUAAAAAUAGUCACUCUUGCCCCAUCUUAUCCUUGGGACUUGGCCACCCUGGGGGAAUUGCUGCUGCCUGCUCAUCCUAAGAGGGUCUUUGUAAAGGCCCCCUUGCUCUCAGGCUCUGGGGGUUCCCCCAUAGCCAAGGAUACCAGGAGGUCUAGUAGAAGGCAGUGCAGCAGGGAAACAGAGUGCCAAGUACAGUGGGCAUCCACUGGUCUGGCAUCCUGGCCUAAAGCAAGUCCUGUGGUCUGUAUGCCACUCUGUCAAAUCAGCAAUAAAGCUUCAUGCAGAGGUU